GAUCUGAAACAAAAUGCAAAGCCUUUCAUCAUGUCUAGUGUUUAUAUUUAAUAUAAAAAAAAAUACCAAUACAGGUUGUAUUGGUAAUGUACGGGAAGGUAACAUAUGGAAUGAUUUGAAUCGAGCGAUGUAUUAUCAAGUAACUAUACCAGUAUGGUUUCAAGUCUACCGUGUCUUUCAUGUUCUAUGCUAAAAGAAAUCCUUCAAGAAGGUCCCGACCCUGAAAAAGCAAGAAAUCAAGCAGUAACGUCAAAUAGUCACAGAUCUAGUUCCGAUGUAACACCGACGGAAUUACCAAGAAAAGAUUUUUUUGAAAGUGAAAUUGACACUUCUCUGCCUCGAUGUAGUUACUCGUUACCCUCAAAUGCUGAUGUUCGCUCGCCCAGUACUAUAAGUAAAGCUAGUACACAGUUGAGUUCAGGUCAGGUUUCAUAUGCUUGUUCGUCAAAUGAUAAGACACUGGUUAGCAGAAAGAGCCAUAAUCGACAGCGCCGCCGCGAUAAAUGGGAGGACAUCAAAAGGAAGUGUUUAAAAAACCUAGAGCCUGCUUUUGGAAAGACGAAGAGUGGGAAUCCAGUGUUGUUUCUUGGGGAGCACCGCUUUAAUCGCGUCACUGCUUGCAAGGGUCCUUCAAUACGCUGGACUUGCGUUAAGAAACCCAAGGGUUGUCGCGUCACUGUCAGAACUGUUGAUAAUGUCAUCAUUGUGCAACACAAUAUACACAAUCAUUAAAGGUUUUUACACACACGCUCAGACAUACUCAUAAACUCACGCACACAAACACUAUUACUUCUAUUUUGUUUUUAUUCAG